AUGUCGACCGGUGAAACGUCUCGCCCUGUCUCCCUCAGUCUGGAUCCUAGCAACAGCGACCACAAUGGACCAGUAUCUCCAUUGUCACCAACAAGUCCCAGCCGAGCCCUUCCAUCCGAUCUGCCUACGUCCCUCGACGAUCGACGCACUUUUGAUACGUACUAUCCUGGUCAGGAGGAAUUCUACGAUGACUGGAGUGGCUCGGCGUCACAGAUAAACUACCCACCGGUAUCAGCGAACCACAAUAAGACUCGCUCUCUCACAGGCGGCUUUGACCUGAAGCUUGACAGCCCACUAGGCAUCAACUACGAUGGAGAUGCAGAGGAAGGCAUACAGACGCGACUCGAGGCGAGUGAAAGAGGUUUUCUGAAUACAUAUGCUAGCACUGUUCGUGCGCACAAGCCGAGCAGUGCUGAUAUGGCAGAUGAGGACGAUGACGAUAUUGCCAGUGAUGAGAAGUCGUCUGAGGCUGAGAAGCGGACUAAACUUCAGAAGGGACUGAACAUGGCUGCUUCGAAUGGUGAUACUGAGCGCGUGCGCAGGCUGGUCAAUGGGAAACUGAAGAACUUCGUAGGAGUUAACAACCCAGAUGAAGAAGGCACUGUACCUCUAAUUUACGCCAGCUGCUUUGGGCACGAAGGAGUUGUUGCAGUACUGCUCGAUGCCGGCGCUCACGUUGACGAACAGGAUAGGAAUGGGUGGACGGCAUUGAUGUGGAGUGUUAUGAACAGGCACAAGGUCAUCGCGCGCACAUUACUCGACCACGGGGCUAAUGGUGAGCUCCGUAGUAGCAGUGGUGGUAGUGCUUGGGAUUUCGUGCAGCCCGGUUCUGAUAUGGCAGAGUACCUGAGAGAGGGUGGCUAUUCUGGUGGCAUGACUGCCGGCGCUGGCUUCGCUGCCAUGGGAGGCUACCAGGGCGACGACUUCUACACGACUGGAGGGUUCGGAAAUGACAGGUUCGAGGAAGAAGCCGAGGAGAGCAUGCUGAAGAGGAGAAUGCUUAUGCAAGAAUCUGCUGCCAACCUCGAAGUGGAUCUCUCAACCCUAGGCUUCGAUGAGGCUCCGGAGAAUCAAGAUGAGAUGGAGCAGGAAGAUGAGGAAGAGUUCAUUUGGGAGAGGUGUGUUGGUGACCAAAUGUUUGUGUUUCAGGACGACAAGAUGGACCUGAUCCUCGAUACGAUCAUAACAAACAUGACACCGCAAAGGUCGCCCAGCCAGAAGCCAGUACCGGCUAACCUGAUAUUCCUCAUGGCACGAUACGCACACUACCACAUGCCUGGAACGCUGCUUGAAGACCUGCUGACGAGAGCUAUGGACUUGAUCAACGACGUGGUUGAACGACAUCAGUGGGACAUGACUAUGCUGGCCUUCUGGAUUUCCAACGCAACAUUAUUGUUACAUUACCUAAAGAAAGACGCCGGGUUAGUACAGGCUACCUCGAAGUACCAACUUGAAUUGGCAGAACUUGUCAACGAAACAUUCAUACUUGUCAUUCGCGACGCUGAAAGGCGCAUGAACAAAGUGCAUGAAGAGGCUAUGCUCGACCAUGAAACCAUUCCAGGCUUGAGCGAUGUCGAAUUCCAAGGAGAGUGGAAAAUGUUCAAGAGCAAAUCCAAGGUCGUGGAAGAAGAUCCAUCAAAAAGGUUCAGGCCUCCAUCUCCGAACAGGCGAGCUCAGAUAUCGCCACGAAAUAUCACGUCGUUGUUGUCCUCGACGUUGUUUGUAUUAGACUUGUACGAUGUACAUUCGGUGAUAACAGCUCAAAUUCUUGCGCAGCUUCUGUACUGGAUUGGUGCCGAGCUAUUCAACCGUAUUAUGACGACGCGAAGAUACCUUUCCAGGACGAAAGCAAUGCAGAUACGGAUGAAUGUGUCACAGGUUGAAGAUUGGGCAAGAGCAAAUAAUCGCCAGCCUGAGCAUUACGAGAAUGGUGCCACCAAUAUCUCUGGCGAGACGACGGUGGGUGCUGCUAGGCGACAUCUAGCUCCUCUAGUACAGCUGCUUCAAUGGCUUCAAUGCUUUAGCUCGACUGGUGAAGAUCACGAAUCAUUACUCGAGACAUUGAUGCAACUUCAGAGACUGUCGCCAAUGCAGCUGAUACACGCAGUAAAAAACUACAGAUACGAAGUUGGCGAAAAAGGAUUACCCAAGGCACACAUGAAGUUUCUACAGCAAUUGCAGAGAGGAUCAGAGACUCUCAUACGGCGACCACUAACGCCCCUGCCAGACACGGACACGCCUAACACACCUAUCAAAUCCUCUACUCCUCAAGCAAGCGUCCGCAACAGCAUCGAGACACCAGACACUGUAACGUCGAAAACAGAGCCCUCCGCACAGACUCCGACGUCACAAACGAAUAUCGAAUCUGAUACCGACCCGCCAAUAGAGCGGAACAGGCUACUUCUUGACCAGUCGCUUAUGCUGCCCUUUUCACUACCCACCUCGACGGACAUGCUCAUUACUUAUGGCGCUGGCAUCGGCGGCACGAACAGAGAAAGAGCGAGAAAGUACAUUCCUACUGUGCCGACUGAGGUGCUUGCUAAGCUGAACUUGGAUGGUGAUACACCUAGGAGGAAGGGCAGUGUGAGUACUGUUGCUAGAGGAUGGAGGUCGAAUGGUAGUAGUGGGCUGUAG